GACUUUCUAUCCCCGGUCCUAAGGCUUCAUUUCGCCCCCACCCAGAAAACACCCUCGCUCUCCACCCUCACCUUACACCGGCGGGAGAGGAGCGUGCUUCUCCGCUCGCUGAAAUCUCGCGGCUCCUGCUGGUUGAUGUUCUGCUCCGGGUCUGGCACAGCAAGAGGCCAGAGGGGGGAGGCCGGUGGUAGGUAGGCUUCUGCUUCUCCGUCGUCCUCGGGGUCGAGCAGAUUCUCUUGGCCGGUGUGCUGCUCUGAUGCCGUCUUCCCCGUGCGAACUCAACACUGCACAGUAAACUACAAUAGAGAUGGACACUGAGAAUGGUUUUCUUGCUGCUAAGCUAACUGAUGAUCUAGUGGUGGAGAUCCUCUCCCGGCUGCCGUUCAAGUCUUUUUGCCGCUUCAAAUGUGUCUGCAAGGCCUGGCUUGCCUUCUCCUCUAAUCCAGAUUACUGCAAGGAGCUUUUGAAAAUUCCGAUGGGUCUUCUAUAUCAACACCGUUAUGAUGAAUUUGAUAAUGAUUUCGAUGACUCUGCUAUCAAGCUUGCUAGCCUGCCCCACAAUGACAAGGAAUUUGAUGAAGCUCUUAGUUUCCUACCACAAUAUGAGCAGUUAGAGCUGCUGGACUCUUGCAAUGGCCUGGUCCUUUGUAAGUACAAGAGCAGCUGUACUCCUUUUGGUAUUUGCUGCUUUAUCGUGUGCAAUCCGGCAACACGAGAGUGGAAGGUGCUCCCUGAUACUCCUCCUAGCGAUUAUAAACCUUUUUGCAAUGUGAGUUUUCUGGCUUUUAGCCCAUCAUGGUCGACAAAGUUCUACAUCUUCAACUCUCAGCGGCCGAGCACCCGCUAUUGGGUAUUUGGCCCCGUCAAAUUUCAGGUGUUCUUGUCUGACCUUAACACUUGGUUUCUGUAUGAUACAUCAGUGCUCUUUGAGGCAAAAGUUUCUCGACCACACAUGUUUAUAGAUGGAGCAUUGUAUGUGCACACAGGUUUGCAUGACAUUCUGGUCCUGAAAAGCUUGGAGGAAACUAGUUCUGGCAUUCCGCCGUCUCUUCGGACUAUUAAGUUGCCGCAUGAAGAUGGUGCCUUUAUGGGUAGGUUUGGCCAAUGUUGCUUUGGCCAAUCUUCGGGGGCCUUGCACUAUGCAUUGCCAGAGGAGGAUGCUCGUACGAUUCUUGUUUGGAGUCUUGAUGUUGAUGAGCCUUAUGAGUGGAGCCUCAAGUACCGCCUCAAUAUGAGCCAAGCAUUCGGAAGGGACAACCUUUGUCAGCAUGGUGCACCCCACUGGAAAUCCGACUAUGCUGUCGUCGCUCUUGAUCUGGAGAGAGAUGGUCUUUUCCUGAUUGACAAACGGGAGGACAAGAUCCGUUUGUACAAAAUUAGCACCGGUGGACUUACUCACAUUCAACCAGAAGACCACUGCUCCCGCUUUUUGAAUAACAAGUACUAUCAUUAUGUGGCAUCCUACUCAAAGCUCCCAGCUUUAACCAUGUAGUCGGUACCAUCUUUGUUUGGCUUUUGAGCGUGACACCUCUUUAUAUAUGCUGUCAAAAAAUGCA